AUGGAUUAUUUACAAUAUUUCGAUAUUUUUGAUGAAAUCGACCGUGAGGAACCACCAAGAAAAAGAAAACUUUACAAAAAACGUUUAGAUCCCUUUACUCUACAAGAUAAAGAAUUUCGAAUGAAACAUAGAUUCAGUAAAGUAUGUAUGAGAAAAAUAGUUGAUUUAGUUCAACGUGACAUCAAACUACAAGCUAGUGGUGGCGGGCUGUCUGUAGAACUUCAGGUAUGUACUGCUCUCAGAACGUGGGCUAGGCAAGAAGUUCAAGAUGAUGCAGCAGACAUUCAUGGACUUAGCCAACAGUCCAUCACGAAUAUAUGGAAGAAUAGCUCUUGGAAUAUAUGGCCGAAGAAUAGCUCUUGCUUUGGCAAAAUUUGCGAUGUGUUUAACAAUAUAGUAGCUAUUAACGAAUUAUUAAACAACAAAUUGACGAAUGACGAUUUAAUUGGAAACUGUCUGAAAGGUCAAUUGAUGGAUGAGAAUGGACCAGUACUGGGUAGCAGAAGUUUUCACUCUGAUGCAGAUGGUUCUAAAAGAUAUUUUAUGACUGAGAGGAUUUUUCCAAGACAAAUAUAUGAAAUUGCAGUGGCAUGUCAUCUUCGUUGGACAGAAACUCAACAAACAUUACGUAGACAAGGAGUUUCAUUUAUGCCAUCACCUAUCACAAUUGUAUGUGUAUGGUGUCUUCGGUCACUAGCCAACACACACAGGCACUCAAUACUAGAUGGCCCAGAACGAAAUGAAAUUAUAGCUAGGAUCCAUCCUAGAGAGGGCAAAAAGGGGAAGAAACUGGAUGUUUGGCGUAUCGAGCUCGGAUGCAUCGCUUUUUUUGCAGAGCUGGAGCCAUCUGUAACCGUCACCGAGCAAAACCUGGCAGACCGAGUUCGGUACAUCCUGCGCUCCAACAUAUUUGGUGACACCGAACUUGAACGACUACGACGUGAGGCUAUUCCUUCAUCGAAUGGAAAUGCUACGGCUGGGAUGCGGCGCCACUAG